ACCCACGGUCGGUCUCGCUUCUCUUACCUCCCGUGGGACACAAGGCCGAAAAUUUCGCUAGACUCAUUGAUAUGCGUAACCUAAUGUGACCUUUCGAGGGCCAAUGAAAAUUGACGUUAUCAAAUUAGGCAUACAGUAAUGGCGGCGCCCAUGAGAAUAAUGUCGUGUUGCUGUUUGAAAGUGUUUUGUAAACUAUGGCAGCCUCGGGACACGUAAAAGAAUGCUCUUUUUGCUUAUGUGUUAUAAAGGACAGGGGAUAUAGAGCAUUAAGCUCUAAAACAUCAACUGAACAGUAUAAUUAUGCAUUUACAAGGUUAAAUUUUUUCCCGACCAGCAAUUCAUAUGCGUGUAAUCUAUGCACCAAUAAACUAAAUAGAAUAUCCAAGAUCGAGGAAAAUGUGCGAGCAAAGGUGGAACAGUUGAAAACUGAGAGGGAAAAGUUGUUAGAUGUUCUAAGACAACAUCAACAGACAAGUGGGCAUGUUAAGCCCAGUACCCCCAGGGUGAGUGCAGUGAAGAGGUCCCUAGAUAAGACACCAACACCAAAAGGAAAAAGUAAAAAAGCUCUCUUUAAAACACCUGACAAACUACUUCUGCAUCAGAACCCAAAUCAUAGUCUCCAGUCAAAGUUACCAUGCAGGGAGGAUAAAUCAACACAAACACAUGUGUCAGAAAAUUUUGAUGUAAAGAUUGUCACCAAGAUUGCUGGAGCUGAUGUAAGUAGAGUAGUAAAAGAUGAAAAUUCUAAAGCAGCCUUAAAAUCACUGUUUAACAGAAGAUCACCUCAUGCUGUACUGAAGAAUUUUUGCAAAGAUACCAGCUAUAUGGAUGCGUUAUUUCAGUUGUGUGUAAAGAAGCUGAAAAAAGAAAUUGACUGUGUUGUUAGUAAAAAAAGUGACCUAUUAAAAUGCAAAAAGAGUGAAAGUAUGAUGAAUCUUGACUGGUCUUUUGUGGAAUCAAAACUCAAGGAAGGGAUUCCUUAUCUGUUUACCAUUAUGAGCAGUUUGAUAGAUGUAAAAAAGAAGCAGAACCUUCCAGUGCUAAUAAUGUCAAUAGGUGUACUUCUUUAUGGCAGAUCAAGAUCAGUAAAUCAGUUACAGUAUAUCCUUGGUCUAACACUAGACAAGUGUGGAGUGUCAAAAGAGGGUUUGAAAAUUCUUCAUGAUCUUGGAAUUUCUGUGGCAAGCAGCACUGUCAUCAAAGAAAAGAAACAGCUGAUCAAAGAGCAGGAGAAGAAGGUGUCGGCCACAAUGACAAGGUAUUUACAUUCUUAUUACCCUUCACCUGAAAAUCCAGGACUCUUAGAUGUUAAACAUGGCAUAGAAAUCAUAGGGGAUAAUUUAGAUGUCACAAUUACUCCUGCUAAGAUGACAAUGAUGUCUCAGAGAAAGAGCUUGCAUUGGUUUCUGACAAUGGUGAAAGAGAAGAGGAUCAUGUCAGAUGAUAAACACCCUAGAUCAACAGAAGAGAAUGGAGAAACCAGGGAUAUUUUGAAGUUGCCAACAAGUGCAUGGUUACCAUCUUCAGGUGACCUGCACACAUUGAUUGAAAAUAUGAAAUUUCAUAUUAUUAAAGUCCUUAUUACCUUUGUCGAAUUUCUGAAACCCUUACAAAAGUGUGUGCCAGGUUGCAUAACCCAUGACUUUAUGGACAAAACUCGACAGAAAUCAGUCAUUCUGAAUUGUGACUUAGUAGAGGCUAGUGAAAAUUCAUCAGAGGGAAUGAUAACAAUUUUGCAAAAUGUGAAUAAACUAGUUUUCCAAGCUGUUGAAAAAGAUCAGAAAAUAACGGACAGGGUUGUUUUUGGUGGAGAUGUUCUCACCAAUGAGCGAGCAUUUACAGCUCAAGAAGCCAUGCAAAAUGCAAAAUCAGACUAUGAUAUGCUUGGGGGGCUUGUUCACAGGCCAGAAGGUUUUCACAGGGAGAUGAACUUCUUAUUGGGAAUAUUUCAACUAUUUUACACUGAGAGCAGUGCAUCAGACCAGGGUUCCAUAUACAAACUGAGGAAUGCUAUCAACCGUCGGUCAGUGACUGGGCCUAAGGAAGUAACAAAUAACUUCAGAUCCCAUCAUCAAUUCAUCCAGGAUGUGACAGAUUCCUACAUUGUGUCAACAUUUUUGGACAUCAUGGACAUGGAGGAAGUUACAUCACAACCCUCACAUGCUCCUGUUUUUUCAUUAAUGAACAAUGACAACAAAAUGGAAUGGAUUACCAAUGUUGCCACAGAUGUUCUUAAUGCACUUGGCCUAAAUUCCUGGAAAAGUUUCUUAGACAUAAGAUCACACUUGGUAGAUCUAAGUACUGAUGAUGUACAGAUAGAUGCCAUGAAACAAGACCUUUCUUUCUCUUGUGCAAUGUGUGGGAAAACAUAUAUUAGGAAGUCUUGGCUAAAGAAACAUCUAUUGAAAAAGCACAACUGGAUCUUUCAUGAAAUUACAGAGUUAUCAGAUCCCGAUCAACCACUUACAUCCUUUCUAAGGAUGUCCCUUCUCUACCGUGAUACCUGUGAUGCAUACAAAAUGGGUGAUGGGGACCGCAUCAUGCGUAAUGCCAAGUUUGAGUGGUUGUAUGCCUCUGCUUUAAGUCACUCAAAAUAUAAGCUCUGGUUGUGGAGAAUGCUCACAUAUGUUAAUUCUAUUCUUCCACCUGACCAGGCAUUUGAGUAUAUGUGGAAUAUGACUGUAAAUCUGAAGGGCGGCAUUUACAACAAUAUCCCUAAUGACAACUGUGUAGAACUGCAAGUGCGCAACAUCAAGAGAGAACUCAACACACAAGGAGCAAAUAAAUCCUUUCAAUCAGCAAAAACAAUUUGCAUGACUACACAAGUCAUUGACAGCAUUAAAGAUCAGCUUUUGAGGACUACCAAAAUAGUGAAGUCGUCGAGACACAGGCCGGAUGUUGAUAAAACAGUUGAUAUCAUUACUAUGGUUAAAUCUUUGAGAAGCAAAGGACCAGUGUCAGAUCUUUGCUGGGAGAGUUUCUCCAAAUUUAAAGAUCCAAUUCACCAAAUUGACAUUCUUAAAUUACAUGAAUGGAUAAAUGAACAAAAGAACAUUGCUGACUUGUACAUGUAAACUUAUUAGGGCCAAGCAUGAAAUGGGAAUUACAAUGUCCAUCUGUUUAUCUAACUCUGUCAGUUUUGUUCUGACAUAGUAACUCAUUGUGUUUUAUUUUUUAAAAAAACAAAAUCAGAUUUAAGUUCAAGCAUUUAUUGUAAAAAUGGCAGUAGUAUAGCUUGAUCAGUACACCAUUAUAAAAGUAAUGGUGUAGAUGUUAUAAACUGAUAACAAUUUACCAUGUUGAACAUAUACAUGUAUGUAUAGACCUCAUAUCUAAAACAAAUAAAAUAUGU